AUGAUGUGGACAUCCAUUGUAUUAGGCGCGGCUGCCCUUCUUGCAUCAGCUGCGGCGCAGAAUGCUUCAACUACAGAUCGUCAACCCACUUUGAACGCGCCGUUACCUAACCCAUGGAAGCAGCUUUCGGAAGAGGAGACUGCAAGUGUCAAUGAAGUGCUGCAGAGGAAACUGAACUUGAGUGGCAACCAGGGCUCCAGUCAAGAUAGCUACAUAGUGCAACUCGCGCUUCUACCGCCUAACAAGACCGACGCUGUUCCUUUCUUCGAUGGUUACUCCAAAGCCCCUGGACGAUAUGCACGCGCUACAGUUCAGACUGGCGCUACUGAUUCGGCAGACAUGUAUUGGCAAGAGUACAUGGUCGGCCCUCUGCCAGCUACGAACGAAACGCGAGCUGAGCCACUCACUUUCCCGUUCCAAAAUUCCAAUGCCGGACAAACAGGAAUCCAUAGAAUGUAUUCUAAAAACGAAGGUACAAGCUUUCUCCUCAAGUUUGGAACGGAGCAUGAAGACAUCGCUCAGCGUCUGUUCAACACUACCUUCCUCAGUGGAAUUGUCGGUCUUCGUUUUGGCGUCCCAUACACGGAUGAAAACGGUCGCAUCAUUUCUUGGGGAGCGGCCUUUGGUAACCCUGGCACCGAUCUUAGCAGCCUCACGCUUCAGCCCCUCGGCUUCAAUGUCAAGUUUGACCUGACUUCCAAAAACUGGGAGGAUUGGAAGGUGGUCGGUUGGUACUCAGUCGGAGAAUUCUACGCUACCACUGAAGACUUCCGGGCGGCAAUCAAUGCUGCAGACUACAAAGUGCCUUCGCCAAAUGUGCAGGGCGAAUGGACUUCUACUGACAAGAACGGCGAGCCACUUCCACUGGAUGAUCAGCCGCCUCCUGUGUCUGUCGCGCAGGGCAACCAACGGUUCAAGAUUGACCCCAAAGAGAACUACAUUUCCUGGAUGGACUUUGACUUUUACCACACUGUCUUCCAUGAUCGCGGCUUGUCGCUGUACAAUGUCAAGUACAAGGGGCAGCGUAUCUUGUAUGAGCUUUCACUCCAGGAAGCAUUGACAGCCUACACGGGAUCGGACCCCUUCCAAUCGCAAGCGACAUACUUUGAUACCACAAGCGGCAUGGGGGCGGAUCUACAGCCGCUUGUCCGGGGAUACGACUGCCCAAGCCAUGCCACAUACCUGCCAGCCUCGUGGAACGAAGGCAAUGGUACCAAGACCCAAGAAGACGCCAUUUGCAUCUUUGAGUUUGACGCUGGAUACCCCAUUCGCCGUCAUUCUUUCUCCCAGGUGGCACCCCACACCAGCGUUGCAAAGAACAUCCAGUUCAUCAUGCGCACUGUGGCGACCGUAGGCAACUACGACUUCAUGAUCGACUACACCUUCUUCUACGACGGCGCGAUUGAAGUCUCAUCACGCUUCUCAGGCUACAUCUCAGCGACGUACUGGGAAAACGAGCCCGAGUACGGAUUCCACAUCCACGACUUCCUGUCGGGCAGCGCGCACGACCACACACUUACCUUCAAAGCCGACGUCGACAUCCACGGCAGCAAGAACAGCGUGCAGAAAAUCUCCUUCAAGCCCAUUUCGACCGACUACCCCUGGAGCCAAGGCGAGGUAUUCAACACAUUCAAAGUGCAGCGCUCGUGGGUCGCCAGCGAGCGCGACUCCAAAAUCAACUGGGCCCAAAACGACAACACCAUGUACGCCGUCGUCAACAAGGAUACGCCCAACCGCUUCGGCGAGUUCCCGGGCUACCGCCUCAAGAAGACUGCUGGCAUAAUCCACCUCACGCAAUGCAACUCGACCAACAACGGCAAGGCCGGUGCGUACGUAACCCACGACUUUUACGUGACGCAGCAAAAGGAUACAGAGCCCCGGCUUGCCGACCCAUUCAACCAGUUCCAGAAGGACGACCCGCUGGUAGAUUUCUCGACGUUUUUCGACGACGAGAGUCUGGAGCAGGAAGACGUCGUCCUCUGGUUCAACCUCGGCAUGCACCAUCUCCCGCACACGGGCGACCUCCCCGUGACAAUGUUCAGCUCCGCGCACUCGGCCAUGCGGCUCGAGCCGCUGAACUACCUCGCGGGCGACCCGUCGGUGCAGAGCAGCCAGCAGAUACGACUGGAUUAUGAUGAUGCGGGCGAGGUGGAGCAUGUAGAGACGUUUGGGAGGGACGAUGAUAUCGCUGCGUCUACUUGA